AUGCUUCCUGCACAUUGUAACACCUGGAAGUCCCAAGUAAACAAGCUGUGCCUCUUGUCGGCAAAGAAUGAACUAUCUAUUGUCCUCUCCCCGCUCUCCUUGCUCAUCUCCCUCGACCAUGUCAUCACCAUCACCAUCAUCAUCACCAUCACAGCCAUCACCAUCACCAUCACCAUCACCAUCAUCAUAACCACCAUCAGUAUGGUCCUGCAGCUACCUCCAACAUCAUCUCCCUCACCAUCCCUCGAUCUCCCUCCCCCUCUUCACCAUCCCCGCUUCCCCCUCCACGCCCCCGCUUCCCGUCCCCAUCCCCCUCUCCCCUCCCAAUCGUCCCACCGCCCUCCUCCUCCCCUACUUCUUCCCCCCUCGCCCUCACCCUUGGCCUUUCCUCCACAAGGCCAGUGGAGAGGAACGCAGCAACAGCGGCCUCCAUGA